UGAACCUGUAUAGAUUCGAAGUCGUCUACAAGCCUCAUAUUUCUUUUUCCUUCUAAUUUCUAUCGACAUAAAAUAAUUAAAUCAAAUAAAUAAAAUAUUUUCUGCCAUGUAUGCAGUUCCAACUUCCAAUUUGAGCACAUUUAAUUUAAAAACUACUGUUCCUAAAACGGCUGUAGCUAUUCUCUGAAUCUCUGCAUCCAGUCUAUUUUCCUUCUAUAUAGUCCCAUUUUUUUUUUUUUUUUUUUUUUGAGAAUUAAAGAAGCUAUCAUUAAAACGAAGGAGAGUUCACAGUAACAGGCAACACCCUAGCGGAAGAAAGAGGUAAAACAUUACAUAAAGCAAAACCAGCAAGUUUGUCGGCAGCCGCAUUCCCUUCACGAGGCGUCCAGCUAAAAGCAAAAAGGCGGAAAGAAACCAAGAUCUCCUGGAUAGCUCUCAGCGUAUCUCCCAAAAAAGACAUAUCCUUUUCCUUCUUCAUCAACAGCCAAUAAAGGACUUGGCUAUCAGUUUCGAAGAUAACAUCCGAAUCUCCCCGUUCCCGGCAAAGACGAAGACCUUCCAGCAAAGCAAUGGCUUCUCCCUCAAUGACCGAGAUGUCGGCUAUGGUGACAGCGCUGACCCACGUGGUGUCUAGUCAGCCGCAAAACGGCGGCGGAAUCUCGUCGUCUUAUGGUGGUGGGGAUUUUGUCCAAGCCUCCAUUAAUUCUCCUUCCUCUGCUUACUCGUCUUCGAGUUCCGCCUCGGCUAGCGGCCGGAAAAGGAGGCACGAUCGACAGGAUUGCGCGGCCGAGUUUUCUGAGAAUUUUUAUUCGUUUAGAGCUGCUAAAUCAGAGCAAGCGGCAGCCGCCGCGGAACAAACGCCACCACCGGAGUCCUCCUCCUACACUGCCUCCUACCCAGAAACCGGAGGAAUACGGCGGCGAUACAUAGGCGUCCGCCAACGACCGUGGGGAAAAUGGGCGGCCGAGAUACGAGACCCACAGAAAGCCGCCAGAGUGUGGCUCGGCACCUUCAACACGGCGGAGGAUGCCGCCCGAGCAUACGACGAGGCGGCACUGCGCUUCCGAGGCAGACGAGCCAAACUCAACUUCCCGGAAAAUGUCCGCAUCCUGCCGCCGCCUCAGCCUUCCCAAUAUUCCACACAAUUCACCAUCUCCGCUCCUCCGCCGCCCCCCACCGCCGCCGCGCCACAGCAGUCGUUUUUUCAAACUGCCGGUAGUGACUACUUGGAAUACUCGGAGCUGCUCGGGAGCAGGGGCGAUCUGCAAUUAGGGCAUCCGCCGGCGACGCUGUUUGAGAAUAUGUUGUAUGCUUCGUCAUUGGCUGGUUUGUAUUCACAUUAUUCUUCUUCUGUUUCUUCGUAUCAAGAACAAGGCGUCGGCGGCAGUAGAAAUUUUCCGGCACCGCCAUGGAAUUCGGGUAUCUAUCUGUUAACUUGCGAUUUGGAGAUGAAUAUUCCUUAAAAAGGAAAAAAGGCAUAAUUCGCAUAAAAAGGGUACUCAAAGAACUUGUAUACGCGUUAUAUUCCUUAAAAGGAAAAAGGGCAUCGUUAGGGGCUUGGCUAAAACAUUAUCAGAGUUUGCAACGGAAGGCGUAACUGAAAUAAUCAGUGUUUACAGCGGAAUGCAUAACUGAGAUACAUGUAUGAAGACAUGUAUCAUUUCUGAGCCUACUUUAAGUUCGACAAAAA